AGAAGCAGAAUGGAGAUCUUCCAGGAUUGUGCACUAAACAGGUAAUUGUAAAAUUAAAUUGAAAGGUUCUCCAAUUCUGGAGAAAUGUUUUUUUUUGUUUUUUUUUUUCUAAAUCAUCUUCUCCAGCUUGGCAAUUCUGGCAUAAAAUGUGUAAUUUUCGUUUUAUAAUUAUAUAUAUAUAUAUAUAUAUAUAUAUAUAUAUAUAUAUAUAUAUAUAUAUAUAUAUAUAUAUAUAUAUAUUUUUUUUAUUUAUUUAUUUUACAUGCUUGUGUUAUUUGCGAAGAUUAUAGAGCCUGGAGACUGAUAAUUUAAUUCUUCCCUAAAGAGGAAUUGAUGGCUUUUUGCUGGUUACAGGGACUUUUGCACACAAGUACGUGAAAGCAGUGUUUACGACUGUAUGAUGUCUAUAGCAGUAGUGUUUAAAGCGGCACCCCACUUGGAAAAUGGGCAUUUCGUAGAGAGAGAAUCUUUAUGAAAUACUAAUUUCAACUCAAUUUAGAUUUUACUGAAAUUCCAACCCAGUCAAGACAUAUGAGACAAAGCAGGGACCGUUGGCUCUAUAUUUCUCCUCCUCACUUUCUUGGACUCAAGGCAGAGUCUGAGUCAAUCUGGACAGCUGUCACCAGUGAUGGCUGCAGGGCAUUGGCUCUGUCUAUAGAGGAACUCGUGGUCUUGCAGGACCCGCCAUAGACCUCAAAGCUGUACUCUUGGGUAAACAUCCGCUCCUGGUACUUGCUAGGAGUGCCCUGGCACGCUACCUGGGUAAGUAGUUUAACCAUUUGGGAAAGGUUUGACAACUUUCCUGGGUCCAUAAGUUGCCCCUUCUUGCCUCCUCACAAUCUCAUGGCAGGGCCAUUUCAUUGGUUGAGAUAAUCAGCUGAUUUCUCUUAGCCAAUAAGCUAAGACCUGCAAGUAUCUUGGUGAAAAGGGCUUUGGGCUCUGACAAAGCUAGAAGCGAUGUCCAGUGGACUGCAGGUAAGAAGUCAAACUGUUCUAAAUUUCAAGGGCAAUCCUGGCUCCAUAUGCACUGCAGCAGACUGUGGUGGUUAUGAUUCUUGGAGUGUUGCUUGUAUCCAUGUAAACUUAUUAAAUAAAUAAAUUUGGCUGAGGGACUGGCCUCUGCAGCCAAUAAAUAUCCCCGCUUUUUGCCCAGCACUUACAUCCUUGUUAGUGCUGGGCAUUGACCAGGGAAAGUCCUGUUUUGAAAGGGACAUUCUUGGUACUGUAGUGGUUAUGGUGCCAUAGACACAAUAUACCUGCAAUCUGCCAAAUGACUUAAAUUUCUGUUGAUACUCUUAGCCAAUACUGUCUGAAUUGGGUGUGAUAAUGUGUAAUCAGGAAAUUCAACUUUAUUGUAAAACAAGCUUGAAAAAGUCCAAUUACCGAUUUUGUUUUGCCCAUACUGUACACCUUAUUAGAGGGACACUGAAGAACUGAGUAUAUGCUGGAGUAUUUUAUCAUCUCUUCAUUGUAUUGGUUUUUGGGCAAAGCCAGACUCCUAUGCCGGCAGUUUCUAUUCCAUACUUAGUGUAAACAUUGUAGUUCAGCUGUAUCCAACCAACGCAGAGCGGAAAAACAGCGGGUGUCAGACCAUUUUGUUAACCCUGUGAUAAAUUGCUGGUGAUCUGUACCGAGGGAAUUAUGGCACCUUAACCACUACAGUGAGCUGUAGACUCUAAUGCACUGGCUAGGAAGUCAGCAUGGUACCAUCAAGGUGGGGAGGUGUUCCCAAGCAGGGCCAGUAACAUAGGUAGGCUGGAGGUAGGAUUGACUAGGAGCCCUUUGUAAUGGCCGCAACUCUGGAGAGGAGAUGAUUACUUAACUCCCAAGGCAAUAAAAAACCAUUAUCUUUGAAUAAUGACAUUCAUUGUUUUGGAGCAUGCUAUCUGUUAAGGUAAAUCGAUCAUGUCAGGUUCUUUUUAAAUGCAUUUGUUAUUUUGGAUAUUAUAAGGAUACUGGGGUUUCUUGUUGUGUUGCUUGUGCCAGGUAGAGUUGGCCGGCUCCAAACCUCUUAACUUGAUACUGCUUAACCUGGAGAACAGGUACCCAACCUGCAAAUGUGGAGACAGCUGUAUAGGUUUAAAGGAAUACCAACAGGUAUUACUGACCCUAUAGUGUUUAACCCACCAUUAAGGUGGCUUGCCCCCAACUUUCUCCUGUUUUCUAACAUCCGUCACAUUAUAGAGAGUAGUACAUUUGAAUUUGGUUUUAGACAAUUGGAAGUUUCAGCUACAUCCUGUACCAUACAUUUAUCCUAACAUUUGCAAUGUCGUUUUUCAUGUUUACAGUUGCUAUAUUGUGUUUUCUAUCACAUUAUAUUUUAUCAAGGUUUUCUAAUUUGUUUCACUUCUAUUUGGAGAUGUCUGAUCUAUGGCAGUUUGCGUACACCUAAUGUGAGAGGGAUUACCACUAAAUCGCUGCAUUUUUAAAUUUAUGGAUCACUUCGGGAUGCGUGUUAAAUUUUUGCAUCUGGCCAGAAACGUAUAUAGCAUGAGCUCAUAGCAAUGCAUAGUGUUUGGUAUACGCCAUCCGCUUUGUUUUAUCACCAUAAUGAGCCAUAGUUUACUGCUUUUAUUCUGCUACAUCACAGGCUACAUAAAUGCCAUUUACAGUUUAUCUACUUUAUAUCUUCCAGAUGUUGAGCUGUUCAAACUGCUUGUAUAUAUUGUCAUAUAAGUCGUGUGAUACAAAGGAGGAAAUGUAUCCGUGUUGCCUAAUAGUCUGUGUUGGGAGAGAUUUAUUUUAAUAGAUAGGAACAAGCGCUCACUACAAACAGGGUAGGUGGGUGGGCAGCAGUAGAUCUGUGCGAAUUCCCAAAUUCUCACUGGCAAAACAGAUAAGCAGGGUGAUGAACCACCAGAAAUAAAUAACAAAAUAUAUAAUUACAUACACUGAGAUAUGAUGAUUUCACAACUCACAAUAAAUAGAGCUGCUGAGAGCUCUGCUGUAAUGUGCCUGGAUGGUUCAAUCCCAGUCUGUGGAUAUUUGUAGCUCUGUUUGGUGGUUCUAUCAGUCCAGUAUAUAUGAGAAAACACAAUAGAGAACCACUACAGCCUAUUGUAAUUGUUUCAAUGUCUAUAUCCUGUCCCUGUGGGCUUUUCAAUGGAAACACUGCCUUUUCCAAGGAAAGGCCGUGUUUACAUACUGCCUAAUGACACCUUUAGUGACAGUCACUCAGACAGCCUCUAGAGGUGCUUCCUAAUUCAGUGCUGCACAAUGUGCAGCACCUACGUUCAUUGUCUCCACACUCUGUAUGGAGGUGCUGAAAUUUGCCCAUAGAGAUGCAUUGAUUCAAUGUAUCUAUAUAAGUAGAUGCAGAUUGAGACAUACAUUUUCUCAUACGCACAAAUUGUCGUUUAUUUUUUUUUUCCCUUCUUGUUUUUAUAUUUAAGUCCACUGAGCCUCCCUACCUUAUGGAGAGCUAGAGUGGAUACUUUCCCUAGGAUCCAGUGGAGCUACUGUAAUCUUAAAACUCUCCUUGCUCCGCUCCCUCACACACUGUUAGUGAGUGACUUCAUAUUCCAGAUCCUGGCAUCACUAAACCGCGCGCGAGGGAGCAGAGAAGAACUACAGAAAGAGUACUGCUCCCUCGGCUAGUUGCCGAUCUGACAAACACCCCGGCACCAGGACAACAUUUCUAGUCUCCAUGGCAACCAGGCACCUGGGAUUUGUUGAGCCCCGUCACAGAUGCGUUCUUAUUGCGUCAUUGGAUAUUGGUCCAUGGCUCCUUUCCUUAAUUCUUUUUUUUUUUUUUUCUCAUCUUUAUGAUAUGCUGGAAGAGUUUCUGAAGAAAGACACAAUUAGCCUCCGUAGUCCCCACUAUCAUAGACUUGUCCCUUUUGGUUUUUGGCAAAAAUGCUUUUAGUCUCAACUGUGUAAAAAAAGCGCUCUGGGUCUACUACUAGGUCAAAGAAUUCGAUUUCUGCAUUUGACAAAAUGAUGAGCCUUUGGACAGUACCAGUAGUUCUGCACUGCUGAGAUCUGCCAUGGAGAUGUUAACAACAUUUGGCGUUUUCUAGUGUUGUACGUCAGCGUUAGUGGAGUUGUUUUGUCCCUUAUUGGUGGUAGUCUCUCCUUUGGUCCGGGCCCCUAGGUAGUUUUUUUUUUUUUGCUUGUCCUGAUCCUGGCUUGAUCUAAAAAAAAAAAAAUGCAAUCAAAUGUGUCUGAGUGAAUAGUGGAUGUCGCCUAACAAUGUAAUUUGCCAUUUUUCCUUACACACUGUUUGUAUGUAUAUUAAAACUAUAAUAAAGAUUCAUAUUUUAGAAAACUGUUCUGUGUAACUGCAUUUUUAAAAUACAAAAUUAAGACCAGUUUUGAAACUGGGCAAGUUGAGGUAGGAAUAUGCAGUGUACAAUAUUUACCAGUGUUUGCUCUUCCCCAGUAGUCAUGUGGUUCACUUUGACCACAAGGAGGUGUUUUAGUGUUUGUUUUGUUUAGGGUUUUGGUUUUUUUUUUUCUUAAAGAAUUGGUUUUACUGAGAGGAUUGUCAUUGAACAACCACUGUCGUUGAAGGGCAAUAAGAGGAAAUGAUUAUAAUGAAAGACCACUAAGCAAGGACCAGUGACAGAUAUUCCUAAGAAGCAAAUGUUCAAAACUUUUGUUAAAAAAAUACAAAUAAAGUAUAUCUGAAUAAUUAAGAUAGAUCGUGCGUGUGUCUAUGUAUAUAUGUUACAGCCAUAGGCAAAGGACUUGUCAAAAUCCUAUGAGAAGCUGUAAAGGAUUUAUCACAGGACUUUCUUAAAAUUCAGUACCAAAGCAAAUCCUGUUUAAUGACAUGAAUUGCUUUGGUGUUGAAUUUGUAGAAAAACUGCAUGUUUAAAAAGUAUAAAUUUUCUCUAAAAGGAAGAGAAAUGUUGCAAAAUCUAAUUUCUUUAAUGUGACCACAAUUUCGCCAUGUACCUUUAAAAGUUGCAAAGAAUAAUUUGUAUCUGUUGUAUAUCAUAAACCGUUUACAUUUCCAAAUUGCAGACUCUGUGUCAAAUGACUUGUACAUUGCCAGGAAUAGAUAAAUAUGCAUUUUAGAAGACUUGUCUGGUCCCUGUACAUCCCUUGGCCUGCUUUCUAGUUAAAGGGACACUAUAGUCACCUGAAGAACUUUAGCUUAAUGAAGCAGUUUUGGUGUAUAGAACAUGCCCCUGCAGCCUCACUGCUCAAUCCUCUGCCAUUUAGGAGUUAAAUCCCUUUGUUUAUGAACCCUAGUCACACCUCCCUGCAUGUGGCUUUCUUUAUUGCAAGUUCUGUUUAAUUAAAGGACCACUAUAGUGCCAGGAAAACAUACUCGUUUUCCUGGCACUAUAGUGCCCUGAGGGUGUCCCCACCCUCGGGAUCCCCCUCCCGCCCGGCUCUGGAAGGGGGAAAGGGGUAAAAACUUACCUUUUUCCAGCGCUGGGCGGGGAGCUCUCCUCCUCUUCUCCUCCCCGUCGGCUGAAUGCGCACGCGCGGCAAGAGCUGCGCGCGCAUUCAGCCGGUCGCAUAGGAAAGCAUUAUCAAUGCUUUCCUAUUGACGCUGGCGUGCUGUCACUGUGAAAAUCACAGUGAGAAGCACGCAAGCGCCUCUAGCGGCUGUCAAUGAGACAGCCACUAGAGGGAAUGGGGGAAGGCUUAACCCAUUGAUAAACAUAGCAGUUUCUCUGAAACUGCUAUGUUUAUUUAAAAAAUGGGUUAACCCUAGCUGGACCUGGCACCCAGACCACUUCAUUAAGCUGAAGUGGUCUGGGUGCCUAGAGUGGUCCUUAAAGAUUUUCUUAUCCCUGCUAUGUUAGUAGCUUGCUAGACCCUGCAAGAGUCUCCUGUAUCUGAUUAAAGUUCAAUUUAGAGAUUGAGAUACAAUUAUUUAAGGUAAAUUACAUCUGUUUGAAAGUGAAACCAAUUUUUUUUCAAUGCAGGCUCUGUCAAUCAUAGCCAGGGGAGGUGUGGCUAGGGCUGCAUAAACAGAAACAAAGUGAUUUAACUCCUAAAUGAUAGUGAAUUGAGCAGUGAAAUUGCGGGGGAGUGAUCUAUACACUAAAACUGCCUUAUUUAGCUAAAGUAAUUUAGGUGACUAUAGUGUUCCUUUAAAUUUUACAUGUGUAUGCAUUUUUAUUAUAUAGUUUUAUGGUAUUCCACCAAUAUGCCACUGGCAAACUGCAAAUCUGUGUUUACAGCUGUCGUCACGGGCAAUGCAUGUAUAUGUGCUUGUAGGGACUGAGAUGUCUAAAAACAAUGAGAUGUUUGGUCAGUUUAUACGAGCAUCUGUUGUGGAUCCCAAGCCAUUGCACAUCUGACAUUUUAUAUAUCUGUUCUGUACAUCAGGAAGUUUCUGUUCAAUUUUAACCUGAAUGAAAUAAAUCUGUAAAUCACAUAGUUUAUAAAAUCGAAAAGUAUAGUUACAGUCCCACAUUCCUUGUUUUAGUGAAAAGGACUUUGUUUGUUGAUGCAUUGUCACACUGAAAGCCGUGAGAAUUGUCUGUAGUUCUUCAAUGGCUGAGGGACUACUUUUACACCAUCCUCGGAUUGUGACGUUACUUGUACAUUUUUAGUAAAUGGACAUUUGGUUCUUAUUUUUUUUUUUUUUCUUAAUCUUUUCUUCAGCUUGAGCUAUGGAGCCGGACACCCUUCCCAUUCAGAGACGGAGCUUCUACACAGGCAGACAUAUGCAGCCACUCAUCAGCUCCCUGCAUACGCAACCACUCACCACCCCUCAGGUAUGGGCUACACAUUAUAACAGACAUUUCCCAUCUGUGACAAUCAUCGAGACGUUUUAAUGAUCCCUCUUAACGUUGAAAUUCCUUUUCCUUUAAUGUCGUGCAAGUAUGUGGAACGAGGCCUCCCCAGAACUGAAUACAUAUAAUUAAAAAAUAUAAGGGUUUCAUGGUUGCUGCAUUUUAUUUAGUGAUUGCUUUGCAUUAAGAAUUUUAACCCAAAAUUGCUCUUUUGACUUAAAUUGGCUUUGUCACUUUCUGGGAUCGUUGCAAAGACCCCCAAAGGUGACACCUAUGAUCGGAUAAAGCCAAUUUAGCAGAUAUACUCCUCUAAAGCUCUCCGUUCUGGAUUGCACUAUCUUUUUUCAGAUCCUGGUGCUUAAUCUGUCAGGAGCCCCACAUCAGUGCUGUUCUGCCACUCAUGCAGGAGAAUACAAAACAAGAGCUCUCUGGAGGAUCCCGUGAAACUGCAGGAUCCUCCAUAGAUUAACAUAGACAUUUUUUAGAAUGUUUUGACUGAACUAGAUUUGUAAUUCACCUAAUGGAUCGGUUUCUUUGUUUGCCUUUAGGUCUGUCUGGAAUUUUUGACACCAGCCUUCAUGUGGCCGGUGGGAACACUACAGAAACUUCUGUAAUGAACUUUCUCUCUGCCAUUGAAUCUCGGACUGCCCAAGCUUCAUCAGGGACAACUCUUCUUCCGCAGUUCAGGGCACCAUCAUGGCAGACUGGUACGUCUACGGUUUGUCUAUGUUGUCGGCAAACCGCCCAACAGCAUGAUGCUGCGCAGCAUCCUGCCUAGAGUUCAUCAUUUAGUCCUAUAAUGAUUGGAAUUAUAUUGAAUUUGUAUUAAAAUAUGAGAUUUACAGGCAAUUCCUUUAAUUAGCCUCAGCAGCGGACUCUACUAAAACCCCUAGUUCUCCUUUUUCUUUUUUCCUCUCUCUCUGUUGUUCAGGGAGAAGUUACAGUUACAUUCCCUCACUCCAGUAAAUACUAGUAAAAACUUUACUGAUUUGAGUAACGCAGAGGAGAGAACAUGAGAGUGCAUGGGAGUUUGGGAUUUUUCAGUAGCGAUAUUUAUGCAUAUGACACUUCUGGGAUUCAUUUAUGGCAGAGCAAGUAAACAGAUUUGUUUUUUCUUUCUGUUUAUUUAAUUUUCUCUUGUAGUUGGCUAAUCCAAGGCCUGUGCAGAAUCUCACUAGUCACCAUUCCUCUAUCAAUUACAAAUGCUUCGAAGUGCAUUUAUUAUUAACAAAAUGUCCUGCUGAUUAAAUCUGAGCCAAGUUUUUUUUUACAAAAAGCUGAUUUAUGCAAUAUAUAUAUUCAAAAACUCAAAUCUGUAGAUAGAAGAGUAUUUUUUCUGAGUGGAGUAUUGUGCAGGCUUGAAAAUGAAAUUGCAUGUAGGCUGAAGAAAUGAAGAGGGGGGGCAGGGGCUGACUAAGGGGGCAGGAGCUAAGGAGGGGGGGCAGAGGCUGACUAAGGGGACAGGGCUGAGGAGGGGAAUAAAAACUCCCCAGCGGGCCUGUGAGAAGAGCAGUGGAAGUCACGCCCCCUCCUCCUGACAUCAUCAGGAGAGGCCGGCCGACUCCAUUGGCUGCAGGAAGAGGUAAGUUGAAAAAUCUGAGUCCUCAGCCAGAGGCAGUGGAUUCAGAUGUUUCCUUUUUUUGCUGGAUGUGGCUGGCCCUGGCGGAUUUAGGGCGGCCAGGGGGGCAAUUGCCUCACUGCCCCUCUUCCCAGUCCGCCCCUGACGCAGAUAUCCUCUGUUCUUUCGUCCAUAGCUGUGCCAGCAGCAAACCGAUAACCUAGUUUUUAUUAAUUGUUAUUCACCCACAGCAGGGCUGCCAGGGAUUGCUUAGUGCGGAGUUUGACUUGCUUAUUAAAUAAUAUUUUACUUGAAUAAUACGUGAAUAAACACAGAAAUAUGGCCACAGUCACCUCAUUUUGAAUCAUUGGCAUAUACCUUGUACUAAUUGGUUCAUGUUUGCUUUAUUUUUGUUCUGUUUUCAAAUGUAAAUUGCUGAAAAGUAUAUGUGCAUGAAAUAGUAUUUUAACCUGUUGUUUGCUUUUUUCAGGCAUGCAUUCCUCAACCGCUACAGAACUGUUUGUUACGGGAGCACUGCAAACAUCUGGAACAUUUCCAACCUCUGCACUCUCAGCCUAUCAGCACCCAAACACAUUUAGCUCCAGGAACUUUGCCACAACCCCAUCUUUGGCCCUCUCAGACGGUACCUUCAGCGCUACAACAAAUGGUCUACUUUCUCCCCAUGACCCUUUGCUUCAGAUUAAGACAUCGCAGACCCCCACCGCUUUGACUUUUGAACGGCUUGGCAGCGCUGUUUUAAGUACCAGCAUCCCACAAUCAUCAACAUAUCGAUCUGCCCAGGAGUCUGCACCCCAUCUCUUACAGCCUCAGUUCAGCUUAUUGCCUUCGGCACUUGGCGGGACACAGCAAACUGCUCAGCCAUACAGUACGUCAGUUUUUACUGGCUCCACUGCCUCCAUAGAAAGAGCACUUCAGAGGGAAUGUAGUGUUAUUAAACACCAUCAGAGGCCUUCAAGUACACAGUCUGUUCAAGGGCAACUAUCUGGUACUCAGCAUUCCUUAACCAAUUAUUUAACAAAUGCAAGUGGAGCUUCUUUGCAGGAUGCCACAAGGCAGUCUGCUCUAUUAUGCUCUCCACUAGGGGCACUUACUCAGGUGAGCAAUGGGGCAACAGUGCAGAAAACGUCUCAAGUUUCAGUGGAGUUAUCUCAAUCUUAUCCAUCUGUUAUCCCAUCUCCCGGUUACCCUCCUUCAAUCUCAAAAUCAAAAAACUGCCCUACAAAGGCACCUCCAAGGUCUUCGAAGACCCCAAAGUCUCAGAGUGUUUCUCCUGGGCAAUCCCAAAGUUAUACCAAGUCUUCACAGAACCAGAGUUCUGUCAUUUCAAGCCAAGCACAAGUCUACUCCACGGCACAGCUACCCAGUCUUCUGUCUGUAAGCCAAUCUCCCAGCUAUGUUUCAACACAAUCACCAAAUCUGCCAUCUGCUAGUCAAUCACAAGUGUUUUCUACCAUGAAAACUGAGAAGCUGCCUCCACUGUACAAACCACUCACUUCAUUCUCAAGCCAGUCGCAAACCAUAACUUCUGGCAGCCAGACACUAACUUUUUCAUCAGAUCAGCAACUUGCUCUGUCUUCAGUUUCAAGCGAGAGCUACUCUGAUCAAACAAGAGAUUUGUCCUCCGCUAACCAGUCACAAAAUUAUUCUUCCAGUAACACUCAGGGUUUAACUCCUGUUAGCCAAUCACAAGUUAGCUAUUCAUCUCAAUCGCAGGUGAUGUCACCCGUAAGUCCUUCAGACAGUUACACUUCAGGACAAAACCUACCACUGGCUUCACCAUCUCUUCCAUUUUCUGCUUCCUCGCGUGGUCAGAAUUUGUCUGCUUCGAGUCCAACUCAGAAUUACAUUUCUAUGCAUUCUUCACAGAACACGCAAGGUUCAACUUCUCCACAGUCCCAGAAGUUUUUGCCAACUGUUCAGUCUCCAUCUUUUUCAUCCCCAUCCCAUUCACAAACUUUGCAGAGCGGUAGAUCAUCUACAGAUUCAAAGUCCUAUGGGAAAAGGAAAUCUGAAACCAACCUCUAUGCUUCUGUAAAACAAGAGGAGAAGUUUCAGAUGCAGGACUUGCAGGCAUUACAACAAUCUUCUCUUGAGUCUUCUAACCAGGGACUUGGUGAAGGUGAAAUGAGUUCACAGGAGACUGCCUAUAAUGUUUCAAAGUCUGAUGAUCGGUAUUCUCAAAGUGUUAUUAAAAGUAAUUCUCGCCUCGAGGACCAAGUCCUUGGACUUCAAGGAUCUAAAAAGGACGAACGAAUGAUCAGCCCUGUGUCUCACAUGUCCCAGCAUGUGAGCCACAUGAAUAAUACACCUGGCCAUGACCCCAAAAAGGCAACAGACUUGAUACAGUCCACGCAGGUGAAUGCUAAAGACUUAAGUCAGCAUAACAUGAUGCACAAAGUGCAUGAUACAAAGAUGCAGGAACAGCAGAGCACAUCUCCACAGAUGCAAGCUGCGUUAAGACAUUCACAGCAUAUCCAGCUACCUGUUACACAGGUACUUCUAGAGUCAGGCUGUGAUUUGAUGUUCCAGCAGUCUAUGUUACAGGCAAACAUGGGACAAGCAAAGGCUUCUGUAUCGAUGCAGAGGAUUCAGAGUCCUCAACAGGUAACUCAGCAGUUUCUGCAAAUGGAUGGACAUAUCAUCCAGAGCAACGGAGGGCAGUCUCAGCAAUCCCUCCACUCUCAAGGUUCAGAAGUAAUAAAAAUGGACACUUCAGAUGGGAAACACCUGCAAUCAAAUCUGCACGCAAAAGAUCAUUUCAACCCAAGAAGUCGGCUUGAUUCAAAGAAUCAGUUUGAUUCGCUGAACCCAAUGUGUUUCUCUGAGUCUAUGCUGCUAAGCGAUGAAAGAAAUUUUUUGUCUCAGGUAGAUGACAUAUUAGCGGCUACGGCAGCUCAAGAGUUUGCCAAGUCUUCUAGUGAGGACAAUAUGUCUGUUAAAAACGAAGAUGCAAAGUCUCGCUUUCAGUCCAUAAAUGUAAGGCAUGCUUCUCCAACUUACACACCCACAAAGCAGCAAAACUUAAGCACCCUUUCUUUAAAUGGUGGCCAAACCGCAAUAAAUCUUUCCACCGUUUCUACGACUCAAUCCAAAAAUGUCAAUUUAGAUCAAUCACACAUUCAACCGCUAGAGCAGGAUUUGCAGAGUGGGAUGGGUUCGCCAGUGCUCGGGACCAGUCACGAUGAUCAUGAGAAGAAUUCUGAAAUAAUAAAGAAGCAUUCUAAUGUCAGUCGGGAAUCAAAAGAAGGUGUUGAGGUAAAUGAUGAGGGCAUGGAUUCUGAAUUCAUGCCCAACAGCAAGAGCCUCAACGAAGAGAGUGCUGCUCCGGAUGGAGACUUUAUUAUGGGCUCUGAGGCAAAUGUAUCCGGUGUUGGUCAGGCUCCCGGCCAACUUCUAUCAAAGACUGAUCCUCAGGUGAGUGGGAAAUACAGUAACCAAAUAGAAGACAACUGUCGAGAUCCUACUCAGGACAGCCUUCAAAAGAUGAAGGCAAAAGAUAAAACGCUAAUGAAACAUUUUGCAGAAGAUGAAAAUCAAAAUCAGAAGCAAGUAAAACGGAAUGUACAAAUGAAACGUCCUUUGCCUAAGGGUCCAGAAGCGUGUAUGCAAUAUUCCACUCAUGCGUCUGAGGGUUAUUAUGAUACAUACCAGCACCAGGAAAGAAUGAGGCAGAAAAUAAAGGAGGUGGAAGAGAAACAACCAGAAGUAAAAAGCGGGUUUAUAGCAUCUUUCUUAGACUUUCUAAAAACGGGACCAAAACAGCAGUUUUCAGCUCCUGCUGUUCGUGUGCCCAACAGAAUAAGGAGGUCUUGUACUCCAGUAAUCAGGGCUCCUGGUCCUAGUCCUACUUCUCAGGCCCAGUCAGUGGGGGCCCCUCCAGCUUCAGAUACUGGUGGCUCUAGCUCUCCCAAAAAGACAGAGGAAGAGUUUAAGAAAAAUCUUGAGACAUUGCCUUCGUUCUCUUCGGAUGAUGACGAUUCUGUAGGAGGCAAUAAUGACCUUCAGAAGAGUAUAACCACAGCUCUGUCUGCCUUGGAUGAAACGUCAGAUAGAAAGAACAAAGCAGGUGAGCGAUUUGUAUGUUUUGGGUUUUCUUAUUUUUUUUUAUUUUUUUCUUCAAAUAAAUGUGCGUCUAUAGACUUAGAGCGCAAGUAAAGCAUCAUAUUACACCUUUUACAUGGAAGGAAUAUCAAAUGUUAAAGGGACACUCCAGGCACCCAGACCACUUCUGCCCAUUGGAGUGGUCUGGGUGCCAACUACCACCACCCUUAACCCUGCAAGUGUAAUUAUUGCAGUUUUUAUAAACUGCAAUAAUUACUUUUCAGGGUUAAGUCCUCCUGAUAGACAGCCACUAGAGGGACUUCCGUGUUCUUAGAACACAAAAAGUGUUUUAAACGACGCUGGACGUCCUCACACUAUGCAUGAGGACCUCCAGCGUCUCCGGAAUCACCAUGGGAAAGCUUUGAAUAAUGCCUUCCUAUGGGGAGGUCUCAUGUGGGCGCAGCCAUUGCUGCACAUGCGCAUUAGGUCUCCCCCACCAGCUGACGGCGGGGGAGGAGCAUGGGCAGAGCCUAACCCAGCACCGAGGAACAUUGGCGUAAGUCACUGAAUGGGGUUUUAACCCCUUCAGCAACAUGGGAUGGUGGGUGAGGGAUAUGUUUUUCUGGCACUGGAGAGUCCCUGUAAAUAUACUUAUAUUUUCCAGAUGUGCUGUAAACUUAUGUUCAAAAGUAUUAUCAUAUUCUUUUUAGCCUUGUUUUUUUUUAUGGGAAUCGGUCACAAAGAUUUGGAAUUUGUGUUGCAGUUAAAAAUGGCCAGCUGCACAAUAAAACACUGACAGUCCUUUAAGUUUAACUUCUAGCUAAGAUUAUUAUAAUUAUUGACUGGGUUUUAGCUGAUGCUUGAUGUCCUCAUGCAGAGCAUAAGGAUGUCCAGCAUCAGGCAACCAAAAGUCGCCCAACAACCUGGAAGCGCAUCUAAUGGCUGUCAGGUAGACAGCCACUAGAGGUGGAGUUAACGCUGCAAGGUAAUUAUUGCAGUUUUUCAAGAACUGCAAUAAUUACCAUUGCAGGGUUAAACUGACAAGCUCGCUGCACCCAGACCACUUCAAUGAGGUGAAGUGGUCUGGGUGUCUCUAGUGUCCCUUCAAUAACAUUGCAUGGCUAAAACCAAGCACUGCAAUCCACUUCAUUUUAUUCUGCACUCCAAACGGUGGUUUGUCUUUCCCUUUUUUUAUAUAAUCGGAGAGAGACCACCACCACCGAUAUCCACAAGUGGGGGUUAUGCCACUUUCCAGGCUCCGGAACACAUGGGUGCACAUCCGCUAUAAUUUUUUAUACUUUUUUCUUUUUACUCCAAGGACACCGUGGGUGCUGCCCAAUGCCUUGUGUUUUCAUCCAUUUUGUAAUAAUAUGUAUACUUAUCAAGUUAGGGUUUGUCAUGUCUGAAAAGUUAAAUUAAAGUCAAUAAUUAUUAAAGCCUCUUUCAUUUGCACCUGGCAGUCAGCAUACAGAGAAUAUAGAGAGGCAUAAACGUUUAUUUUAGUUUUUUAUUUCUCCUCAUUUGCAAUGUUUGCUCUGGCUCUGCUUUGUCGGAAAAUCUCGUGAAAACAAAUUGUCAUUCAUUGUCUUAUUUAAAGAGUUACUCCAAACCAUUUUAGUGCAAUUUUAGUUUUUGUUUUAUAAUGCAGAAUUGGGCAUUAGUUGUUCGGGUCCCCCCUUUAAAAACCUGUAAAAGAAGGAAGUCACUUACCUGGAAUAUAGCAGACAUCGCAGCCUCCCUCUCUGUAGUCCAUUCAAAUGUUUCUCUAUGAGAAGCAUGUGGUUAGAUCUUUCUCCCGGCUCAGAGCGCAUGCACACCCUCAGAGCUGUGGAGAGGGGCUCAGCACUGUAGGGAGACAGACACAGCAGGGAAGGCUCAAUUGAAAGAGAGAUAGGAGAUCAAGGAUUACACCUUCAGUUGUGCUGCUCACCACGUCUCUCUCCAGCAUGCAUUUUACACAGAAUGAACAUUAGACUGUUCUUGGCUGCGUACGUCACGUGUGCUGGAGGUGUAUUUAGCCAGUGAUACAAAAGUGUAGAUGUUUCUGAAUGUACAGUAUUUUAAGCAGAAAAGCUGUAUAAACAGAUUCCUACCACCAUGGCCACUUCUAAAAGCAGAAGUGGUUAUGGUGGUUGACGUAACCCUUCAGUUGUGUAGAUUUCAGAUCAUUGACAGAUCACCCUGCAAGUGCAGUCGUUACACAGGCAUAUGUUUUUGUUGUGGGGCACAUUGACAGGGCAAGUAAUUUUGAUAAAGGUGACCUGUGACUGGACUAUAUUUACUAUGGUUUUGUUUGUGUGUAUGUUUGUAGAUAUUUAAAUUUUUUUUAAAUCUCCAGGAAUAGACGGAACCAUCUAACAUAACAAACAUAGGGCAAUAUUGAGUGAGCACCAGAAUUAUAUUUCUUUAAUUUUUACUUAUAUUUAUAUUUAUUUAUUUUAGUUUUUUUAUGUCAAUGUUUGAAGACAAACCGGAGUCCUAAUAUAUCUACUGAAUAGAUGCGUUGUAAGGGUAUAUAUUUUCUAAAUCCCGAUACACAUUUUUCCACUGGUAUUUUGAGUGUUUCUUUUACACAUUGUAUACCUGAAAUGUGUCUUGCCAGUUUAUGUUGGUUCUAUGCAAAGUAAUCUCUUUCAGCCACACCUUCUCUCAUGCCUUAGUUAUUGACAUUGGCAAUGCCGGGACUGUAAACAUUUGCAUCUUUAAUAUAGUCCGAGUUACUCAAGCUAUGAACUAAAGUGGGAAUUGGGGAACUUUUCUUUUUGGCUAAGCACUGCAAUGUACGUCCUGAUAACCAUGUUUUUCUAAAAUACUUGUGGGGGUUCUCUAAAUCACAUUAUAUUAACCUCAGCCACCUCAACGCUGUUUUAUUAAAAUAAACUUUUCAUCGAUGAAAGGAUAUGGAUUCUUAGUUAAUUGAAGUAUAUUUAAACUCAUCCUUUUUAUUCCUUUAAGUAUAUGACCGGAUCCCUCAGCCAAAUACAUACACCUUGGGACAGACUCUGUUUGGAAGCCCCUCUAUGGUCUUUCCUGUUUCACUCCCUGCACAAUGCAGUGGCAUCAUCUGAUUGACUGACUGUCAAAUUCAAACACUGUCAGACCGAGGUGCCUUUAUGUGGCUGAAGCAUUCUGUCACAUACUAAAGGUGUGGAUGGGAUUUUAAAUUUUAUUUUUUUCAUAUACUUAAUGAACCAGUGAACAGUAGCAGAAUACGCAUAUGGGGAGUUUACAGUAGUGUAUCCAUAGUCUGUUAAUUUCCCCAAAAUAAAACUAAAAAUUUUUUUUUUUACUAUUUUGACAGAGGUUUUUGAUAUAAAACGGUCAAAUUAAAAAGUGUCAAAAUACUCAUAAAGAUCAUAUGGGGAUGGACUUUUCUCUAUACUUUUCUGUGGUAGUUUUGGAUUUUGUGACUAUUAAAUCUUUAAUCUCAAAAUGCUAAAUUUGGCAAAGUUUUAGAUUUAAAACCGUAAUCCACUCCUUACAAUAUUUGUGGACACAACACACUCACACUCUAGUCUAAAAGGCAGUGUCUCUCCCUCUAGUCUAAAAGGCAGUGUCUCUCCCUCUAGUCUAAAAGGCAGUGUCUCUCCCUCUCUAUAGUCCAAAAGGCAGUCUCUCUCCCUAUCUCACUCUUAUUCCUCCCCCCCAUCAUGGGAUUAGGCAAUUUACAAACUUGAAGUACUUUUAAUUCAGUAAAGCUGGCGUAUGUUAAAUAUUCUAAUGUUUUCCAAUACCGUUUUUUUUUUUUUUUUCUGUGUGUUUACUUUUAACGUGUUCUACUAUUUACUUUAUUUAGUUUUUUCUCCAGAAGCAGAAAAGGCGGGAGCAUCCGGUAAACAGGAAUCCACACCAGUGUCUUCCCCAAGGAAUGCUCAGGAACAGUCUAAAGCGUCAGAUUCCCUCAAACCAGCCCCGUCUGACCCCUCCCAAACUGAGCAACUGGCUAAGUCACAGGAAAUGGUUGCAAUUGAAGGAUGCACCGAUGACGAAAAUGAAAGUGGCGGAGAAGGGAUAUACCGAGAACGUGAUGAGUUUGUUGUAAAGAUUGAAGACAUAGAAAUGCUCAAGGUAAUCAUUAAUUCCGUGUGUGUGCUUGUCUGUCAGAGGGUUUUACUUACUCUCUGUGAUCAUACAUUGCAUACACCUGCCAUAAAGCCAAUGUUACCCCAUUUGUGGCAGGUUCUAUUCUAACAACCCGAUGCCUGUUCUUAUGACAUUAACCCACUUACUUAGGAAAUCGUGGCAUUUUUUUUUGUGUGUUUUUAGUUUUUUACAAAUGAGACUGCAGGAACAAACUUUGCACUAAAACCAAUACAUUAAGUUGUUGUGGUUCUGAUGUUUUCAUGUCCCUUAAAAGACGCAGAAUGAACCACACGUUUAGCAAGAAAUGUAAAUUCAGCAAAUCUGCCCAAUCUGAGAAACCUGACCAGUUAGUUACUCACUCAAACCUUUACACAGGAAGCUUUGCGUUCAGGCAAGGAACCGCCAGCUAUUUGGAAAGUUCAGAAGGCUCUGCUCCAGAAAUUCAUCCCUGAAAUUCGUGAAGGUCAAAGAUCAUUUGCUGCUACCAACAGCGUAAGUAGAACAACUUAAAUAUUGUGUAUCAACAUACAAGACCACACACGUUCUUAGCAUAAGAAAAAUAGGAAAGUAUACAAAGGACAAUGCAGUUUAAAACCAUUUUGCAUACACAUUGUUACAUAGUAAUAUACGUUGCCAAGACUCAAAUCCAUCAAUUUCAACCGUUAAUACCGGAUACAAAAGAAGUUUUAAAAAAAUGUCAAUUGAAGCUUUCCAUUUAUCCACAAAAAGUGAAAAAAUCCUUCUUGACUCCAUUCUGGCAUUGGAUUUCUCCUUAGAUCAACACACUCUCAUAUUAAUUAUAUCCUUGAAUAUUCUAUUUCUGAAAAGAAAUAUUUAGACCUUUUUAAAAAUAAUCUAUGGAACUGAUAAAAUAGCCUCAUGUUUGUGUGUGUGUGUAUAUAUAAAUAUUAUAUGUGUAUUAUAAAAAAACACACAAACAAAAUAUUCCUCCCAUAAAACUUACUCAUAUGUGCUUUGGUUUUCUUUGGUUAGAAAUAAAUAAAUAAAUAAACUUGCAGAUUAACCAGUUGGGUAUCGACUAUGAGCGAAUAAUGUCAGCAAAUCACUUAAUGAUUUAUUUCCCCAUCAAUAUAAUUCAUAAAAGUAACUUUCUUUAAAAGACUGGAGCUGUUGGUUUAUAGUGCACUUUGCAUAUGGUUAACAAAAAUCUGCAAUGAGUGUUACUUAAAAUCUUAACUACACAAUACUUCCACAUUGGGGCGACUUCACCACACCAUGAUAUCAUGGAUGUGCUUAAACAUUUUACAGAGAAAUUCCUUAAACGUGGAUGUACGCUCAAGUGUUGUCUCCAACAAUGCUUUACAUAGACAUCUGCUGUGACUGGUGUUGCCAGACAAAGCAAGUAAAUGAAAUAAUUAUUAAUUUAUUAAAAAAAAUUAUUAUAACCAUUAACUAGAUUUUGGUUAGGGGUUUAGUUUUUCUUAAAUUGGGGAAGAUAUAGUUCCUCUCUUUAAAGGUGUUCUUGUCCAAAACGUAUGUGACUUGAGUCGGCAACAAAAAUACUUUUUUUUUUUUUUUUAUCUAUUCUAUCUAACUGUACUUGUGUUUUUAAAAGUGAAAGAUAUUGUAAUAAUAAUAUUUUAAUUUUCUGUAGUAUCUUGGCUAUUUCGGUGAUGCAAAAACAAAAUACAAACGUGUUUAUGUGAAGUUUGUCGAGAACACAAACAAAAAGGAGUACGUGAGGGUUUGCUCUCGAAAACCGAAAACCAAAAUUGCUCCACCUGCAAGGUAUUUUCAUUUGUUUUAGAUCUUCUGAAAUCUUGUUUGUGAGAUUGUGCCUAAGUUCUUGAAGAAUUUUCACAUAGACUACUAUGCUGAUGGGUAAUUGGUUUUGUUAAAAUGUGUUGUUUGUGUGUCUGUGAAAUCAUUGUGAUAUUUUGUUCAGUUGUGUGCACUGAAAGCUCAGAAUUCUAAUUGAUCUAAUGUAAUUGAAUGUAGUGUCUAAAUUCUAGGGAUGUGUGGCCUUGUGGUGAAGUAAAUAUGGGAAAUAAGGGGUGCGCCAGAGAGACUUUAUAUAAAACAAUAAUAACGGAUAGUCCAAAUAAAGAGUCUUAUCUAAAAUGCUCUUAUUGGAGUCACAGAGUCUAUAAGGUGCUUGGUCAGGAACAAUGUCCUCGCUGUCCUCAUCCGUGUAGAUCCACUCAUAUGCAAGAGAUAAAACAAAUAGAGAACCAAAUAGUGCAAUAAGUCCAAUAAUAAAAUAAAUAAAAUAUAAAAGGCUGGUAUAAAACUCACAUGUACAAGAGCUAUAGCUAGCUCUAUUGUAAAAGGCGUACAGCGGUACAAUCCCCGCUUAUGGGAUAUGGGGUAAACUUCCUCCGUCAAUGGUAUGUUUGACACUCAAAUAAAAAGAGACAACCAAUAGUGCUCACUGGAUAAAAUAAUGGAAAUAAAAUAUAUAAAAUGGUACUCACAAGGAAGGAGCAGACCAACUGCUCCUUGAAGAUAGCGCUGGUGGUAUGAUCCCCACCUAGGAUUACUUGGAGUCCAGGGUAAUAAAAAUGCCAGGUAAAAAAACAAUCUAAAGUGUAUAAAAACAUAAAUGGCACAAGUAAAAAGUGACCAAAUCUUUAAUAUAUAAAAAUACACAAAAUAAAAUAUCCACAAACGCGUUUCGCCAAUACGGCUUUAUCAAUAUGGAAUAAGGACCUGAUACCUGGCAAGAAAGGUUUAAAUAGCAGUUCAAAUCUUUGAAAUUGGUGCCAAAAUUAGGAACAGCCAAUCGGAAUCUUCGUUAUAAACAGUCAAGUUUAAACAUAUAAAAACAAAAUUUUCUUAGUAAAUAUGUAACCGCUGGUGGUUCCCUUAUUUACCACUAUAAUGUCUUAAAGCAUAGAACUUAGUAGGGCUAACCAUACAGAUAUCUUAGCCAUAAUUUUAUAUAGUGUAAGAGAUCCUCUAUUUAACAUAUAUAAAUAAUUGAGAAUACAAUAUAAAAUAAGGAUUGUCUUGGAAGCAAGAUUGUCUUUUGGAUAUUUAUUAUAUAAAAAUAUAAAAUCCAUUAUAGCAGAGUUUAUAAGAUUAAAUUACAUGCUUGCAAAUAUCAUUAAUAGGUUAACAUACCCUUCUGAACAUGUCAUCAUGUCAGCCUCUCUGUCAUUUUAAGAUGGAGCAGCGUCUGUCUCCAAGUCUCUCCUCUGUGUCUUAACAUUUAAAAGUACACCUAUUUAUACCUUAGGUGUCUCCAUUCUAAGGUUACUGUAGUUCAAAUAUGAAAAAGUAACACUUCUUUUACUUUAUUCAAUUUAGGACCUCCCUUAAUUUGGCAAACAUACAAGGCCAUAACUAAAGGGUGUAUACGUCAUGGAAAUUUUCCUGACUUAGUUCAAGAUGGCAUCUUAAAGUCUGAAUAGGUUAUCUGUUGUUUAUACUAAGUCGUAAGUGUACAGUCGCGGGAGAUUCCAGGAUUUGGGGAAGUUCCAUUAACUUGGGGUUACCACAGUAUAUUGUGUACUGCAAGUGUCGUAGAAUAGCCUUGAAGCUUGUUUAUGCAUUAUUGUUAUUGUAAUUCGUCUGGGACAAAAUGGCGCAAACAUAUUAUGCACUGAGGUUAUUGCUUAAAGAAACAGUUAAGAAAAACAAUAUGUUCCAUUUCUAACACCUUGUCAGUUUGCAAUAUCUCUUAAAGACAAAGUACACAGUUUAAGAAAUACAACAUUUCAUUCUAAAACUUUUAAUAUUUGCAUUUGCCCGUAACACCCUCUCCAUUAAACUGUGGGCAUUGUAGCGCAUUUCUUCCUUAAAUUAGUAAACCAAAGUUCUCCAACUGUUUUUAGGUUUUUUAUGCUCCCAGCAUCUUAGAUCAUUGUUGUAACAGUAAAAUAUCCGUAGUGUGAUCUUUGCCUGUAAAGGUGGUUGAUUAAAAUGAGCAAAGCUUUUGUCUGGGAAAGAAUUGAAAAGAACACCAAGUUCCAGAGUAAGAUAUACUUGCAUGGAUCUGGAUACGAAUUGUAAUCCAAAAUUAAAAAUAGUAAUUGUAUUUGUAAUCCAAAGUCUGUAAAGGCCUGUAGAAGUUUACAUUCCUUAGAUACAUUGCUGGAGGUUGUGUUUGUAGAAUACCCGGGUAUUAGUUAUAGAGUAUAGGUUGUAGAGUCCAGCUUUCCAAAUAUUUGGCUAGAAUUGGUCGCAGAUAUUGAUCAGCAUCAUCUGUUAUCACUGUGGUGAUGGCGUUGGUAUUUGUCUUUGUCUUUUUUUAUUUAGUUUUUUUCAUGAAACAUUUUUUACACCAUUUAUGAUGUGUAUAGAUUGCAUACUCUCCGAUAUUCUUUUACGGAAUAAAUUAAUUGACAGCAUUUCCAAGACAUUGUCUUAAGUGACAUGGAUCCCAUUAUAGUAAAUGUUAUGUUGAUACAGCAAUUGAAGUGGAUUCUCAGGAACGCCUCUUUUUGCGGUAUUUGAAUCUUUGUAACAUCUCAGUAAUAGACAUCUCACUGACAUCAGGUGCUGUUGUGCUAAAAAUGUUACAGGUAAAAUCUGUGGAAAAAUCUUUACAUUUGUUAUACUUUGUAUAAUAAUGAUAGAUGAAAUAGUAACAUAGUUAAUCUUUCUAGUGUUUUGUAUUAGAGAUAAACACCCUUGUAUAUGAUAUAGAUAUAUAAGGAUAAUUUGAAGCAGCAAAGUAUUUACCUCCCUUGUUCACAAUGGUAUGUAAAAUUACAUUCUCUUUAAAUGUAAAAAAUACUCCUUUAUUCAAAAUCUCUCAAUAUAUUUAGAAUAGUUGCUAAUUGGAAAUAUGACGUUAAUUAUCUUUCUUUGACCUGUUAGGGAGAAGACAACUUAUUCCCUAGUUAUUAUUAGUAAAUGUAAUAACUACAGUUAUUAGUGGCUUAAAAUACCAGAAACCCCUCAAAUAUUGUCUUAGAAAACAUUUUUUUUUUUAAACCAAGAUCUGACAGCCAUUGUGGAAAGUCACGUUUGUGAGAUUGGUUGCUUAACAAUGUGAAUCUUAAUUGUUUAAGUAUAUUUUUCAGCGGCUGUUGGGUGUAGCUUAAGAUGAUUAGAAUUUUUUAUUAUUUCUAAAAGUGAGUUAAGAAAGCACUCCAAUACAAUAUUGAAGGUAUUUAUAUUUUAACACUACCUUUGUAUAGGUGGUUUUAUGUACCUUUAACCAUCACAAACCAAAUAAAAUUUUCUUGGUAUUUGAAAAACUGAUAAAAUAUUUGAUUACGUGUAUUUUAAUAUAUAUAUAUACAUAGAGUGGUAUGGAUGUUGAAUUUAUAUCUUUGACAUCUUUUCACAAGUUUGCAAUAGGUGACCUAACUUAUCAAUUUCCAAAAUAAUCAUGUAUAUCACCUGGAUGGGUUAAUCCAUAAUACUCUUUUACUUUCCCUUGACUGGACUUAGCUCUGGCAGACUGAAUAUUUUUAUCAUUAUAAAUAAACUUUAUGAUAGUUGAAGUAAAGUUUCUGCCUGUCUUUCAGUUCAAUUUUAGCUGUUGAAGUAUUUCACUUAUAUUAAGUGAUUAUACCACUCUGCAAACUUAAACGAAUAUAGAAUAGUUUCUGAUUUAAUAAAAACAUUUUACAUUUUCUUCUAAAGUUUAAACAUUAAUUAUUAUUGCAGUUGUUAUUGCAAUCAUAUGAUCUUUAACUAUCAUGAUUCAAUUAUUUAUAAGGGUAAUUAGCUGUUAUGCUCUUAUACUUUAUGUCUAAUAUAUUUGUUUGUAGGCCAGACUGCAGCUGCAUAUGGUAUUUUAGCAAUAAUCUUCAAUUGUGUUUCAGAUAUUCACAAAGUCUAUCCACCUUGGUAAUUAACACAUUAUGUGUUUAUUUUAUACCAUUAAUUAUAGUAUCUCUAUUAUAUUACACAUUGUCACUGACACAUUUCUGAUACAGGGAAAAAAAUAGCAUGAUUGCUUUAGUAAUUAUAAUUUUCGGUCCAUGCACCACAUUCUUGGAAGUCCAGAAUAUAGCAAGAAUCCAUUGUCGUUUGAUUCUAUGGAGCCAUUUAACGUUUUGAUUGGUAUAGUUAUACCAAAAGAGAAAGGAGUACAUCGGUAGAUCACAUCUGCAACAGAACCAUUACAGAUUCCUUGUUGUAUCAAUGUCUCUGUGUUUAUGUUUACAGGAGUUCCUUGCUUUGUAGGUAUGUACAUAAUAUGUAGAGUUUAAGAAAAGCUGCAAAUCGUGCUUUAGUACAAGUGUCCCGUGAUGUCAGGUUUCUGAAAGAUUUUGCUGGUCUUUUUAUAUUCCAUUCUCUUGGCAGGGCAUCUGCUCUUAGUAGGCCGGUAUUGUUAUUAUUUAUUAAUUGCAUCAAGGUUUCUUUCGUUAAUUGAUGUGUUUCUACCAAAUUCAAAUUCAUAUGCCACCAAAUGUCAUUGUAAAGUUCAUUGUUACAGAAUAUUGUUCCAGGAUGGUUUUUCACUCCAAUAGGAAAUCUAUAUUCCUCUUCUUCUGCUCCUUCCUAUAAACCACUUUUUCUGAGUUGUAGGCAACAAUCUGUCUUGUACUGUGAGGUGCUUUGAUAGUCAAUCAGGUUUUCUCAGUACCAUGUUCCAUCUUGAAAAACAGCUGGGUGUUGACAGUUAUCAGCCUUUAUUUCUUUUUCCGGUCAUCUUCUGUCUGGAUACAUAAUUGCAAUGUCCAGAAUUAGCAUAGCACUUCUUUUCAGCAUAAGAAGGCUGUUUGCGGUAGUCACUCAAUGAUAAACUAUAUGGCAAAGUCUUUUCUUGCAUCACCUUCAUAGGUGCAUCCAAAGUCUUUCACAAACAUCUGUCCCAUCUUUUUCUGUUUUCAGCAUGCUUUGUCAUCAUUGUUGAGUCCAUUAUUAGGAUUUGUAUUAGUCCAAUCACAUCUUUCUCAUGUAUAAUCGGUUUUUGGAAUGAUCUCAAUAGGUUCCUUAUGAAAUACCAGUGUAGGCAAUCAUUUCACUGUGAGCUGUGUCUCUCCUUAUGAGAUAGUUCUUGGAGGUAGUCCUCACGAUCACAGAACUUGUAUAGUGUACAGUCCAAUUCAGUCCAGGUGCUUCCUGCUUGUUAACAUAAUCCCAAUGCAGUUUUAAAAUCACAGCUAGGGUUGAUGUUAUGAUAAUGCUGCAGAUUGUAAGAAGGAGACACCAUAACCAAUCCUUUUGCUUCUAUCUUUGCAUUUCUUUCUUACUGUAUUAGAUAAUGCAGGUUCAGUCUGUUUUCUCCAGAGUCUUUCUUAUAAUGAUGUUGAUGAUUCAUUUUCGUACAUUCCAUGUUAACUGUGAAUGUAUCACGUCUGUCUGUUCAUCCUUCUCCUUUAUAUUUGCAGGUUCAGAUGUCAGAUCAUGAUUCAGUCUGUUACGUGGCUAUGAUUCUGGUGGCUUUUCUGUCGUCCUCUGUUUGUUUUAUCUUGUCAUCUUUAACAGCAUCCAUUGUAUCAGUCAGUGGUUCUGUGAACGUCCUGGAAGUAUUUAGCAGGUUGUAAAAUAUCAAAACUUACUGUUCUCUGUUGGCUCUGAUUGUUCUCUGUAGUAAAAGUUAUCUGAGUCACCCUCUCCAGGACAAGCUGGCCAACAGAAGGAAAUAGGUGGUGGUGCAAGGCGAGGUAGGCUGGAAAAAAAAAUUCCCUAAAUUUCUCUAAUAGAACCAAUGGUUCUAAGCUCUCCCUGGUGUAGAAAUAUAUUUGUCAGUGAAAAACAUGUAACAUUUCAUAUGGUGUCUCACCAUUUAUAUCAUCAGGUAUGUUGUGAAUGCUCAUCUGUACCAUAGGAAUAAAUAGAUACCACUGUGUGGGGCAAGCAACUAGUAACUUGGUUAAUAAUCAUUUAACCUCAGCAUUUUCCCAGACCACAACCCCACUUCUUUGGGGGUGGUUGGGGCACUGAAAUCCCAAAGUAACCCAAAUGGGGUUGCCCAGUUUUAGGUUUCCUUUGCAGUAACUGCAGGACCACCAUCCAAAUGGAUGGUCCUGGGAUUAUCAAAUGCAUACUAAGGAAGUGAGACUAGAAAACGUGGCAUCAGAGGUUGCACUUCACACAGGAUAUAUCCAAGUAAACCUGGUACAUGCAUCAACACAUACAAAAACAUAUUUAUAACCAUGAGAUGUUGGCACACUUCCAAUAUAUAGUAAUUCAAAAAGUAUGUUAGAUAUUAAUAUUUCAAUAAAUAGUACAUCAGUAAUGUGGCAAUAAGCAAAUGCUUAUGAUUACUAAACACAUGAAUUACAGUAUUUCCCAUAUUGAGACCAUCAGUAUUCCUUUUCAGGAGUCAGAAGUACAUUACCUCUCUCUAUGAGAGCUUGUCCUAGCCAUGAAAAAGCUUUUAGGGCAAGUCCAUCUUUCCUCUAUAGGAAGAACAACCAACAUAUUACCUUCAAUGGUUAUGUAAUUAACCCCUGUAAACGAUAGGAGUAUUUAUGCGGAUACCAGGUGGAUAAGGUCUGGUUAUCCUUGCAAGCAUAAACUCUGCAUCAUGACUGAGAGAUAGGGUAUGCGAUGUGAUCCAGUGACCACAGAAAAGCGUUGGUAGACACAUUGCAUCAAAGUGCCUGUUAAUGACCAACUACAUGAGGAGAGGGCCCAUGCUUUGUUAUAAGCAUGUCCAUACACGUAUUACAAUGCCAGGCUUUCAGUUUGUUUCCACAAAGCAAAAUGCAAUUGUGGAUAUAAACUCACGACGUAUCGUAAGAAAAACUGUUUGAACACCAGACUGAGAUUUGAGAUCAGUGAACAGUGGACCAAAAUAGAUAAAUGAAAUCCUAUCAAUUAAUAUACUUUCUUUAUAUUACUUUAUCCUCUGUAUUAACUAUGAAAUAUUAAAGUUAAAACAAUAACAUUUAAAAGCCAACUUUUAGUGUGGAUAGGAAUUACAAGGCCGUUCAUAAUGUGAGAUAAAGAACAGCUUUUUAAAACCGAAUAGUCUGUGAACACAAGAUGACCUUGCGCUGAAAACUCACUUGCAGGGGAAAAACAAAACCUUCUUUUUUUCUUUUUCUUUAGUAAGUUAAUUAAUUAAUUAAACAUAGUUAGAACCUCCCUCAAAGUCCCGAUGACUUUGCAAGAAACAUGUCGUCCUUAAAUACUGGGUAAGUCUAUUAAACAGUGACAUAGCAUUGUUACCCUGUGUAUUAUGUUGUCACAGCUAUAAUGUGCAGUAUAACAAACUAUUUUAUAAGUGUUGGGCAAACUGUUCAUUAAAAGCCAGUGAUCUAGCGCGCUAUAGAACAUUUAUUUAUUUAUUCUUUAAAGCUCUGACCUCAAUCGGCAAAGCAAUAUUGUAAUGGUGUCCAUUGCAAUCUUUUUAAAGAUACCUGCAUAUUUAAUUAAAUAUCCUUUAUAUGUCUUUAAGGCAUAAAAUAUCUGCAAAUUAAGAUUAUAUACAAAAAUGCAUGUCCUGGGUGUUCCUGUGAUUCCUUUUCUAUCAUUUAUUUAUUUAAAAAAAAAUUUAAGUCUGGAAUCUGAUUUCUUUUGGGAUGAGCACCCCUCUGAGCCCCCCAGUUUCAGAGGCUUCUUUGGAGGUGACCACUGAAAAGUAUAGAUUCUAUAAAAUAGAUGUGAGGGGGCUUUGGACAGUAAUGUCACUUUAAUUAUACUUUUCAUAUAGCAGAUAUGUGAUAUGCAAUGUGUUUUAAUAUAUCAGAGUAUUAUCACUUUAAUUGACACUGCAAUUUUAAUGUCUGUUUAGAAUAUUGCAGGCUUGCAAUAUCAAAUUAAUUUUGCAGUAUAUAUAUUCACAAUGCUCUUACAACAUAUUAUUAAAAUUAGCCUCUUUCAGAAUUGUAGAAUAUGUGGUGGAACUGAAUCCCCAUAUAUGAGAUUUGAAACUGUAUUUUUGAUUUCUACGCUGUGCCCUGAUCAGUAUUUAUAUACAUAAUUGCAGCAGCAUAUAGCUUUUAAAGAAGCAAUCAUUUCACUCAUCAUGUGUGGUUGACUGUGGACUUUUUAAAACCUACUUUUAAUUUUUUUUAUAAAUCUGUUUCUGGCUUUGAGAGAGCAGGCUGCUGAAUGCAUGUAAAUGCUCUUAAUGCUUAGUCUCUAUACAUUUAUUUAUUUAAUCGUAUUUUAUAAAAACCUAGUUUAUGAAAUUCACUGAGAUUACAUGUGUCUGAUCUGAUUACAGUCAGUAGUACAAUAUAAUUGUUCUAAUUUCCUUACUGCUAGUACGGUGGGAUAGCACCACUGAUUUAAGUAAGCUUUCCCUUUUAAAAUUGGUGGACUUUAAUCCUGCCAUUGCAAUAGACUAAAUACUGUACCUAAGUAAGCAAAGUCAUUAUGUGCAGGAAUUGUACACUUUAAAUAGUAGAAUACUUAUGCUAUUCUAGUGAAUUGGGCUGGCUGCUUAACACAUCAUUUAAUAUCUUUUGGUCACAUUUAAAGCUGUAAAUGUAUUUAACAUUUUAUUUAAAUAAGCCUUUAAUAAUUUCAGUUUAAAAGUUAUUAGAGAUCCUGUAUAGUUACAAUUUUAUUUUGCCCUGAUUUAUCUUACAUAUAUAUUAUUUUUAAUCAUUUUAUCAAUAUUUAUUUUUGCAGAGCAUUUAGAGAAGCAAAGGAUGUAUAACCACCUGUUGCCCUUUUUUAUAGAAGGGUAGUAUAAUUUAAACUCUGUUUAGGAAAAAAUAUGAGCUAGUUAGCAUAUGUUAUAUAAAAUAUAUGCUGCAGUGUACUGUAUUGAAUGUAUUUAAAAGCCAUGUCUUUCUCUUUAUGGCUGUAUGUAAUAAUGUUGUUCAUAAUUUGGAAUAUAAAACAACGACUUCUCAAUUCCUUGGAAUGUUUACAUGUCUCUAUCUCCGCAACCUUGGCUGGAAAUUCCAGACUCCAAAAAUAGUUAUGCUGUUAUAAUUCCUGAUUUUCAAUCAACAGCUAGAGUAACUGACAAUAUGGAAAAUAUCACUGUUUUCUAAAACCUUUCUUAUAUAGUGGACAUUAGAAUCCAGAACGCAGUAAUGCAAUAAUUAAAAAUCCUGUCUGUCUGUUGCAUGUAUGUUUUCAUUAAGCCAUAAUGCAAUUUUCUUUGCAUUCUUGGAAUUAGACUUCAAAUUUCAUCGCUCUGUCUUAUCACUUUUCUUUUGACAACAUUUUGCAUUAAUCUUUUUCCUGCGCAUGCAUACUAAGCAGCUACAAAGAGAACAUAUCCCCCUGUCUGCAAUCCACUGUCCUGGAACUAACGGGCCAUGCUAUGCUGGUGGAUUAGGCAUUUGUUCUAUUAUGAUAUUAGUUAAGAUCCACAAUUUCAGCAUUGUAUGCUAAUUACGUUGUACCUGGCACCUAAACUCACAGUGCCUUGUUCACAUUAAAACCAUCUCUAAUGAUGAAGAUCUCUCUCUGAGUCUGGGCUACAAAUAGCUCAAUAGAUUCUUGAUAUUUCAAGACUUGUGCCAUGACAAAGUAUUGUGUCUUCUCUUACGUAUAAGAGGUUACCUAGGUAUUUAUUUUAUAUUUAAAGCUUCCAAGUACAAAGUCCCUUCGUGGUCGCCAAUUGUAACCGCUGGUGGUUCCCUUAUUUACCACUAUAAUGUCUUAAAGCAUAGAACUUAGUAGGGCUAACCAUACAGAUAUCUUAGCCAUAAUUUUAUAUAGUGUAAGAGAUCCUCUAUUUAACAUAUAUAAAUAAUUGAGAAUACAAUAUAAAAUAAGGAUUGUCUUGGAAGCAAUCGUUUUGUCUUUUUGGAUAUUUAUUAUAUAAAAAUAUAAAAUCCAUUAUAGCAGAGUUUAUAAGAUUAAAAUACAUGCUUGCAAAUAUCAUUAAUAGGUUAACAUACCCUUCUGAACAUGUCAUCAUGUCAGCCUCUCUGUCAUUUUAAGAUGGAGCAGCGUCUGUCUCCAAGUCUCUCCUCUGUGUCUUAACAUUUAAAAGUGCACCUAUUUAUACCUUAGGUGUCUCCAUUCUAAGGUUACUGUAGUUCAAAUAUGAAAAAGUAACACUUCUUUUACUUUAUUCAAUUUAGGACCUCCCUUAAUUUGGCAAACAUACAAGGCCAUAACUAAAGGGUGCAAACGUCAUGGAAAUUUUCCUGACUUAGUUCAAGAUGGCAUCUUAAAGUCUGAAUAGGUUAUCUGUUGUUUAUACUAAGUCGUAAGUGUACAGUCGCGGGAGAUUCCAGGAUUUGGGGAAGUUCCAUUAACUUGGGGUUUCCACAGUAUAUUGUGUACUGCAAGUGUCGUAGAAUAGCCUUGAAGCUUGUUUAUGCAUUAUUGUAUUGUUAUUGUAAUUCGUCUGGGACAAAAUGGCGCAAACAUAUUAUGCACUGAGGUUAUUGCUUAAAGAAACAGUUAAGAAAAACAAUAUGUUCCAUUUCUAACACCUUGUCAGUUUGCAAUAUCUCUUAAAGACAAAGUACACAGUUUAAGAAAUACAACAUUUCAUUCUAAAACUUUUAAUAUUUGCAUUUGCCCGUAACAAAUAUACAAUAUGAUAGGCUAUAUAGACCUUGUUUGGCUAUAAAACAUUAAAAACGAAGAUUAUUUUGAGUAGAAAUUACUUUCCAAUGCGGUCACAUCUACUAGAUGUCAUCACGCACUAGGCAACUAUGUAUUGAGAGAGAUUACAUAGAAGGGAACCUAUGCCAGACACAAUUGGUCUCCCUGGUGGUAGGUUUUCAUUUUUAUGGAUUUUAGGGAGAAAAUAUAUGACUGAUAUUACCGAAAUUUUUUUAUUUAAAAAGUUAAAUUCGUGUUUAUUUAAAAUCCCCAAAUUUAAGCCUUUAUUUAAAAAUUGGGUUAAAAUAGCUUGUAUUUGUGCAGUGGGGUCUGAUAAAAGUUUUUCAUACACAUCUGUAUCAUUUUAUUGUCUGUGUGCUUCUUCUAUAUACAUUUGGCUGGAUUGUAAAACUAUCCCUCCUCCUUUAUCAGCUGGCUUGAUUACAAUAUUUUUAUCUUCUUGGCGUUCCUUUAGUGCCAAUUUCUCUGUAUGUGUGAGAUUCUGAGGGUCGUAAUUGUUAUUCUUAUUUUUUUCUAAAUCUUUUACAACUAAUUUCUCGAACAUAGUGAGGGAGCCAGACUUAAAAUGAGCAGGGUAAAAGGUGGAUUUCUCUCUGAGGUGUGUAUUAAUUAUGUGAUGAUUGUUUGUUUGGGUGUGUGUGAGGGGAUAAAAUCAGAUUUGAAAUAGGAUUUUCUUCACUUUUGUCUAUAAAAAAAUCUUUCUGGACAAAUUUAUUAACAUCAAGGAAGGCUUCAAAAGGUUUAAAAGAGUUAGUUGGAGCAAAUUUAAGACCUUUACUUAAAAGUGAUAUUUGUGCACUAGUUAAGAUUUUUUUUGUAGUGAAGUGUCUGGAAGACCAUGAUGGUUGCAUAGCAGAUGAAAAUUACUGGGCUGCAAUAACGUAAGCUUUACAAGAGAGUUCCUUUUAGAUGGAGCCGUAUACACCAUUUCUUACUUACUCCUCACAGGACCUCUCACACGAAGGUCAGUGGAAACAACAAGGUGACAGAAACUCCGCCGCCAAAAAGUGUACCCCCUAAAGCUGUGUCUGUGAAACCUAAAGCAAAACAGCCAAAGGCGAAGGCUGAACCUCCACCAAAGAAGAGGAAACAGUGGAAAGAGGAAUUUGAAUCUUCCCAGUCGGAUUCCUCUCCGGACAUGCAAAGUGAUGAAGAAGGUGGGCUGCAUUUUGCAUUUUUAAUUCUGAACUUUGUCAAAACCUGCACAUAAAGCUCCUUUUUGUAAAAUGACAAAAGAUGAUUCUAGUUAUUGUUUACGUGCUGCACUAUGGGUGGCUUGGAUGUAAUGCUACCCUGGUUUGCCCACUAUGUCUUCCAUAUAGAUAAGAUCUUUAAUCCUGCUUUCAAUUCCGCAUUGUUUUUUUUUGUUUGUUUUUUUUUUUUUUUAAUUAACAUUUGCUUUGUGGGAUAAAGCAGAACUUUAACUAUCCUAUGGUGGAUAAUUCUUGUCAUUGCUUUACCAAACGGUGCUAAAUUUUACAGAUUUUUAAUUCUGUGUCGCCACAACAGCAUUAGCUGGUUCGAUUUUUAUAGGCAUAUGAUAGUAUUGUGGCAAGUUGGAUAUGCAUACUUUUUUUUUUUUUUAAGUGAAAAAAGUAACGAUACAGCAAACGAGCUAUUAGCAAUAUGGUUUAAGCUAAAUUAGUGCGACUAGCUUGAGGCAUCAUGUGAGAUCGACAGGCUUGUAUACUUAGAGAAAACAGUAAUGUACAAUUCGCUUGCCGCGUUUUAAAACACACAUUUUGAAAUUUUACUGAUUUAUAUACUGUUUUAUAACUUUUGGUUCAAAAAUGGAAUUUCCCUAAUGUACAUGGGUUGUGAAAAGUGCAUUGCUCAUUGAGACAGCGACUUUUAUUGUUUAACAAUCAUAUUUUUCAGAGUUUGAGCCUCCUCCACCACCAGUUGUCACUCGCUUUUUGAACACACGAGCCAUGAAAGAGACCUUUAAAGGAUACGUCGAAUUACUUGUUGGUCUUGCUUUAGAUGGUGACAUGGUACAAGCCUUGGAAAAAGAAAAUGGUACGUUCUGAAGCAAUAUUAGAGCUUUUAUGUAAUUUUUACAGUCACCUUGCUUAUUGUCAAAAGGCACGACGCACAAAGCUUUGUGUGUAUGCUGACCAUCUAUUCCUUGCAACAGGAAUUCUGUAUUGUUACUGAAGGGCUUACAAUAUACUGGAACCUAACCCUGUGGUUGUUUUAGAAUUGAUUUUUAUUGCGAUGUUGACUUAAAAAAAAAAGGAAAAUCUGAACUUGUGUAAUUGUCACGGCUGCUAGUCUGGUCCAACACGCAGAAACUAUGUAAACAUAUACCAUUAACAGAUUUAUUUAACCAAUCAUUGUUAACAGGAGUAGUCCCAGAAGAUUGGAAGUUAGCGAAUGUUGUGCCCAUUCACAAGAAAGGUAAUAGGGAGGAGUCGGGCAACUAUAGGCCAGUAAGCCUUACUUCAGUAGUGGGGAAAGUGAUGGAAACCAUGUUAAAGGAUAGGAUUGGUGAACAUCUAAAAACACAUGGAUUUCAAGAUCAGAGACAACAUGGGUUUACUUCAGGGAGAUCAUGCCAAACUAAUCUUAUUGAUUUUUUUUGAUUGGGUAACUAAAAUAAUAGAUUAGGGUGGUGCAGUAGACAUUGCUUACCUAGAUUUCAGUAAGGCUUUUGACACUGUUGCACAUAGAAGGCUUAUCAAUAAACUGCAAUCUUUAAGUUUGGAUUCCAAUAUUGUUGAAUGGGUAAGGCAGUGGCUGAGUGACAGGCAACAGAGGGUUGUAGUCAAUGGAGUAUAUUCGAAGCUUGGGCUUGUCACCAGUGGGGUACCUCAGGGAUCUGUAUGUGGACCCAUUCUCUUUAAUAUUUUUAUUAGUGAUAAUGCAGAAGGUCUUGAUGGUAAGGUAUGUCUUUUUGCUGAUGAUACUAAGAUAUGUAACAGGGUUGAUGUUCCAGGAGGGAUAAGCCAAAUGGCAAAUGAUUUAGGUAAACUAGAAAAAUGGUCAGAAUUGUGGCAACUGACAUUUAAUGUGGAUAAGUGCAAGAUAAUGCAUCUUGGACGUAAAAACCCAAGGGCAGAGUACAGAAUAUUUGAUAGAGUCCUAACCUCAACAUUGAGGAAAGGGAUUUAGGGGUGAUUAUUUCUGAUGACUUAAGGUAGGCAGACAAUGUAAUAGAGCAGCAGGAAAUGCUAGCAGAAUGCUUGGUUGUAUAGGGAGAGGUAUUAGCAGUAGAAAGAGGGAAGUGCUCAUGCCAUUGUACAGAACACUGGUGAGACCUUACUUGGAGUAUUGUACACAGUACUGGAGACCGUAUCUUCAGAAGGAUAUUGAUACCUUAGAGAGAGAAGGGCUAUUAAACUGGUUCAUGGAUUGCGGGAUAAAACUUACCAGGAAAGGUUAAAGGAUCUUAACAUGUAUAGCUUGGAGGAAAGACGAGACAGGGGGGAUAUGAUAGUAACAUUUAAAUAUAUAAAGGGAAUCAACACAGUAAAGGAGGAGACUAUAUUUAAAAGAAGAAAAAUUACCACAACAAGAGGACAUAGUCUUACAUUAGAGGGACAAAGGUUUAAAAAUAAUAUCAGGAAGUAUUACUUUACUGAGAGGGUAGUGGAUGCAUGGAAUAGCCUUCCAGCUGAAGUGGUAGAGGUUAACACAGUAAAGGAGUUUAAGCAUGCGUGGGAUAGGCAUAAGGCUAUCCUAACUAUAAGAUAAGGCCAGGGACUAAUGAAAGUAUUUCGAAAAUUGGCAGACUAGAUGGGCCGAAUGGUUCUUAUCUGCCGUCACAUUCUAUGUUUCUAUGUUAUACAUAAAAAAAGAAAGGAAAUAAAAGGACAGAGCGUAAACCGGACCUUAGAAUGGCCGGACUAAUACGCUAGAGAUAGAGAAUGGUCAAAGGGAAAGUCGAGGUCAAGGAAGCCAGAAAUAAUCAGAAACCGUUUAAACAAGCCAAGUCAGGGGAACCAGAAUUCGGAAUAACCAGGGAAAAGCCAAGAUCAGGAUACCAGGAAGUCAAAUUCACAAAGAUAAACGCACUCUCAGAAACCAGGAGCAUUAAACCACGACAGGGCAAGGAACUCGAGUGAAUUAGGGAUUUAAAUAUCCCUCUCUGGGCUCUGAUUGGUCAGGCGGUGACCUCUGAACCCAGAACGUGCGUGUGCGUCAACGUUGUGACGUCACGCGCACGUCCGUAUAAAUUUGAGGGGCGCGGAGCUUGUGAUCUGCGCGACCACGUGGUCAGCACCAUCUUUGAUCUGGGCGCAACGCCCAGAAGACGCGGAGGAGUAGUUCCCGGCUCGCCGACGAGCAGGUGAGCUCGCAAUAUCGGCAAGGUUGUGCCAGUCGGGCGCGGCAUGCGGCCGGCCGGGAGCUGCAACAGUAAUUUUAACCUUUGUGAUAUUUGCAAAAACAUAAAUUGUACGCCAACGAAGCUGUUGCCUCGUAUUCAGAAUAUAAUCCUCACCAAAUUCUCAUCCGUGCUUAGAUUAGGAAAUAUGUACCAAAUAAUCGUAUUCAUUGGAUAUCAUAAAGAGAAUCGCUGUAUAAAAGGGAUUUGGAUUCUGCAUAUGUGUGCUCAGACCUGCUAAUAGGCCUUCCCUCAUUACAAUACUGAUGGCAACAGAGGGAAUCCCUCUAAGUUAGGGUUGUGGUUAUGAUAGAGUAAGAGUUAAUUCUGUGUUUGCAUUAAUGCUGGGUUAAGGAUAAGGAUUGUAAAGGGUUAAUGUUAGAGGUGCUGUAAGCAUAGGUUCCUGGGGAUAGGAUUAGCAUCGGUUACCAAAAAUUAAUCUAGAUUUUAGACAUAUGAGGCAAUUAACAAUUGUGACUGAUUGUAAAACUGAUUGUUAACCUACUUAAUGUUGUGGAAUACAUAUUAUAUUACAAAAAGGUGUGUGUGUGUGUGUAUGUAUGUAUAAAUACACAACAGACACACAGUGGGAUCCUACUUUGUCUCAUUAUAUGUUAAGCUUAACGUGUUAAAGACUUAAAAUUACUCAGAUCCAAUCAUGUAGGAAACCUAGGGAAAUGCAAUAGUCUGUGAUCACACACCUUCAUGUGCAACACAAUGAUCUGUUUGCCGCCCUUUACACCAGGGCUGUCCAACCUGCGGCCCCCCAGAUGUUGCUGAACUACAACUCCCAUGAUUCCCUGGCUAUCUGUUUCAUUGAAAGAAUCACGGGAGUUGUAGUUCGGCAACAUCUGGGGGACCGCAGGUUGGACAGGCCUGCUUUACACUAUGAAUACACUGCAAAUGGACUUUAAAUGAGUAGCUCGUUGCUGAAUCCAUUAGCUGUUCCAGCCUGCCAUCAAUCCUAUUUUUAUUUUUUUUCUCCCUUAUCUAAAUAUUGAUUUGAAUGGCUUUUUGACAUGUAUACUUCCAUUACUUUGCUGGUAAUUGUAUUUAUUUUUAGAUGAAGUUCUGCUUCCUCAUAUGAGAAAAAUUGAAGGCAUGUUGAAUGAAAACAGAAGACGUCUUCUAACAAAAUUACAGUUGGAUCAAUCUCUUAAGGUAAGAAAAGAUGCAUAAUGUGCAUUCCAUAUACACUGAUUUUAGGGUUUGUUUUUUAACGUUUUUGAGCUAACUACAUUUUGAUUUGACCAGUUGAUUACCACACACAUGAUUUAGUUCUGUCUAACACAAUGUUUGUGAAUAAUCUUACAGAAUGCCUUGGAAAACUACCCCGAUGUUGCAACAAUUACUCGUGACACAAAAGCAAAAGUUUCUGUGUGCAAAAUAAAGACAAGCGGCAAGUGGUAUAACAAAAAAACCUUCCGACCAACUAAAACUGCUGCAAAGCAGUCACAGGUAUGAAUGAUUGGGAGGGUGGUUUUAAACAUGUGACUACCUUUAAAUAAAUUGAAAGGGGCUUGGUUAUGUGGGGAACAUUACUUGAUAAUGCCUGUAUAUGUCUUUGUGCACACAAAAAUAAAGAAUAAAAAAAUAAAAAUUGAAAGGGGCUUUUGUUGUGGACCAAUCAAUGUGUUUAAGGACAAACAACGAUCGUUGGAUGUUCUGCAUUUACAGCUCCAGUUGGACUGUUAGGAUAUCACAGGUGGUUUGGGUUUUUUUGUUUUCUCUUCUUAGUAUAUCCAUUCUCAGAGAGCACUUUCCUACUGCAUAGUAGCUUUGAUUUUAAAAAAUUUUUAUUUUUUUUAAUUGUACAUUUUUGUAACCUUUAUUUGUUCCAGGAAUUCACUGUAGACCCUGAGAAAUCGCAGUUGUGUUCAUUGUAUCAUGCACUCCAUCAUUACAAGUACCACAUAUAUCUUGUAUGCAAAGAUGAGGUAUGUUCCAUUGCUAUUUCCAGAAAUGCAUUUUAUUUUAGAUUCCUUUAUGUAUCACCUGUUAAAGUGAAACUCUAACAUUAGAAAAGUAAGCAUAUUUCUAAUGUUCGUUUCUCCUAUCUAAUUUAGAUUUAGUGUUCCUUGGUAAAACUCACCUUUUAUCUCUUACUGCACUAGUCUCCCCAUGGCUGCUUCUCCACCCCUCUCUAAUCUUUAAUGAUUUUCUCGGUCGAUGUAAUGUUUUUCCAUAGAGUGAGCACCAAUUGCCACACUUCUCCAACCUUACAGAUAUAGUAUGACAAAAAAAAUUAAACAGAAUUUCAGAGUAUUGAGCUACCAGCUCUAAAUACAAGUAAUUUGUUAAAAGGAAUCCGCCUUAAAAUGUCCUUUUAACCAUUUCCAUUUAUACAUAGCGUAACAAGAUAACUCCCUCUAGAAUGUAAGCUCAUGGAGCAGGGCCCUCCACCCCUCUGUUCCUGUACGUCCAGUUGUCUGGUUACAAUUACAUGUCUGUUAGUCCACCCAUUGUACAGCGCUACGGAGUCUGAUGGCGCUAUAUAAAUAAUAAAAUAAUAACUGGGAGGCAGUCCUAAUGCCAUUUACAAAAAACAAAAAAAUUGAACUGCACUCGAUCCAUAAAUAAAGCCUGAGUGCAAACAAUCCUGGGGCCAGCACCAAGGCCCAAAAAGUAGUUUGUCGUCCCUGAAGAAAGAAAAAGGUCCAGGCAAACCAAGGCUUAUAUCAGCAUUUUAUUGAACUCCUGUGUCCAGCGGCAACAUUGUGACCCUAGAGUCUUUUUCAAGCUUGGAUCUAAGCCUUGGAGUGCCUAGGCCUUUUUCUUUCUUCAGUGACUACAAACUAAUGCCAUUUACAAACCCAAAAGGGAUUUAACUUAAAGGAACAAUUAACAUUUUAGCACAGUCCAGUUACUACAACCAGCUAAACGGCUUUAAAACUAUCAACUAUCUUACAAUACUAUUUUCUAUUUUAUGCAAACUUGAAAAAAAUGCAUUUUCUUAGGUCUCCAUCUCUUUCUGUUAAAAAAUAUGAAUAAAAUAGUUACCUUACUCUAAACAUUUUAAUCAGUCAUGUUUGAUAUGAUGUGUAUAGACUCAUUGACUUAUAUUUGUUGAGUGAUUAUGGAAUUCGGAAAGUUAUAAUUUUUAUACAGUUUAUAUACUGUAUAUGCACAAACCAUAAAAAACAUUUAGAUAAUACAGACCAGUGAGUGCCAACAUUAUUCCAUGUACAUAUAUAGAUGGUUUUGAGAUGCUGAUUGUCAUAAUAUGGAGAUCGCUUCCCAAUGCUUCUAUCUGAAGAAGCUUAGAAUUGUCUGAGAUUAUCAGUAAUAAUAAUAAUCUUGGCCAGGGAAUGAGCAGUAAAUGUGGAGAAACAGGCGUAGUCAGGGCCGGACAGUGUCUCUGUGAUCUCCCCAGCCGUCCUCAGCCCAUGGCCAUUGGGGUCCACCAGGCAUUUGCCCGAAGGCCAGUCUGGGCCUGGGCGUAGGAUAGAACGUUAGAAAAACUGAUUUAUUUAAUGCUUAUACAGAGGGACCCCGUAACUAAAUGGAUAUAGAUUACACCUAAUGUUGGAAAUAUGUUUUUUAUAACUGUAGCGCUCUACUUUGAGUCAAAAAAGUACAACACCAGAGACUUUAUAUUAAUAUGAAAAAAUAUAUAUAGUUCCUGGAGACUGAAUAUGCAAAAAGAUUCCUUUAUUCAAAACUCAAUAGCAAUGUUUUGGUCUGACAUAGUAGAUUGGUGAUUCUGCUAUGUCAGACCAAAACAUUGCUAUUGAGUUUUGAAUAAAGAAAUCUUUUUGCAUAUUCAAUCUCCAGGAAUGUAAUAAUUAUCCUUUUUAUUAUUAUUAUUCACGGACUAUGAAAUGUUAUUGGGUUUAAAAAAAAAACACUGCAAUGUCUGCAAUGUGUUUGACUGAACUCUAGAGAGCAGUGUUGUGUUCAAGUGCAUGUUAAAGUAAAAUAUUCUUACUACUAGCUCAGUGCAUUAAAAUAAGCUGAUCUGGCAGUUUAAUUCAUUUUAUUCUAUAAAUGCUGUUAUUUUCCAUUUUGUUUAACUGAGGUUUCUCUGACAAGAAAUUUUGGUAUGGCACCAAAUUUAAAUAAGUAACUAAAAAAGGUGGGAGUAUGGGACCUGAUGCGUAGAUAUGGUAUAGCGUCAUUGCAUAAAAAAUAAUUCUUCUAGAUUUACAUGAUCUAGAAAUUUUGGCUACCUUUGGUCACUAUUCUGUUUUCUGUGGCUUCCAGGUUAACUCUGUUCAGAAAGCAAACCGGGAUCUGAAGCAAGAGGAGUUGAUACACCACUGUCUGAAAAACAUGAAAUGGGUGGAAGAUCUUUUUGAAAAGUUUGGCGAACUUUUGAGUCGUGUGCAACAAACCUGUUCCUAAACCCCAGCUUCUACCAUACUCUCCUUGCAGUAUAUUUCUCCCCAACAGCACUAACCUAAUGGAAGAGGGAAGAAUACAAAUUCUCCGAACUCGUAGAAAAUGUCAGACUCCCAUCAGUAGACUCUGCUAUUGAAUCUGCAGCUACGUGCCUGCAUCUAAUCAAGCUGUGUCAGAAAAGAACAUAGCCCGUUAUUGCUUGGGCAGCAAGCACGUAUUCAUCCUGGCCUUUUUUUUUUUUUUUUUAUUAUUAUUUUAUUUGUAUGAAUGAUUUUUCUAUUUUGUAAACUAUUGGGUAAUGCUUUAUUUUUAUUUUAAAGGAAUAUUGAUUUUUCUUUUCUUUUUUUUUCUUUUUUUUUUUCUUGCAAAAUGAUACAGCAUGCACUAAAUAUAGAAUGAAUUUCUUUAUUAUCUAUAGCGUUAACACGUAAAAUGCUUUACUACAAUUUUGUUUUUUGUUUUCCUGAUUAUGUAAAAGAAGAAAAAAACAGAAAAAGCACCCAAAAGGUUUAUGGUGGAGGUACAAAAACAAUAUUUACAUUUAGAAUUUCUGACCACCACAUGUUAAGGGUAUUGUACAUUUUGUAAAACAGAAUUGGCGGAAUGUCAGGUAACAGAAACCACCAUGAUUUAACAAAAAAAAAAAAUAUCUUAGAAAUUGUUAUGCUUUAUGGACACCUUUUACAAUAUAUUUUCCAGGAAACUGGAUAUGGAGCUGGUGCAAUCCUAUGACUUGCUUUUUUUUGUGUGUGUCAAAAUAUAUUAUAAUGAGAAAAAAAAGACCUUAACUAUUUUCCCUGUUUUGAAGAAAGCUAUUUUCCUUUAUACAGUGUUUGUUUUUUUGUUUUUUCUUUUCUUUUCUUUAAAAAACAAAAACAAAAAAAAUCAAUUGUACAUUUUAUCUCACUAAUAGUUGUAUUUUUCACAGAGAAAAUAUUGUGGUUCAAAUUCUGUUUCAUGGAUCUUUGUAAUACACGUCCCCAUGGUUUUUCAGUAAAUCCUAUCCAUUUAUGUGUUGAUUUCACAUUGUAUGCAUUAUAUCUUGGGCUAGGCCUCUCCCCUAGACAUUAGAUGCAGUGUGAGCCUGCAAGUGUAUAGCAGGAAACAUUAGCUUUUACAUAUAGCUAUUAGACUUUGCAACCAUUUUCUGAUCCUUGGAAAUAAAUUCCUUUCAAACUUGCACUUGAUUAACGUAGCGUUGUUUAGCAAAUUUGCAAUGUCCUCCUUUCAUUUUCUAGUGCUUUCCAUUAAUCUCUGGAGUAGGCCUGUGCUUGACAAGUUGAUCAUUAAUCAAGGUUUAAAUUGAAAGAAAAAAAAAUGCCCCUUUUCUAUUUUGGGCCAAAGUCAUUGACAUAUAGGCUGCAGAAGAUGGACUUCUACUACUACAUCAGUAUGUGUUUUGUCAUUUAUUUUGGUACAUUCUGGUUUAAGCCAUAUACACAACAAGAACCAGUUUGAACUGAUUUUUACACCAACAAUCCUGAGCAAGAUCUGCACAGUUAUCUGGGACUAUCUGUAGAAUGUACUUCUUCUGUUUAUACAGACUGUGACCUUCAGUAUGUCCAGUUGGUGUUAUUUCAUUGGUGUCACAAACGUGCAAUGCUGAAUGUGUGGUUUGUAUUGAUAGUGCUCGUUAGAAGGCACCAGAUUUCAAUUAAUAUUGUAGAGCAUUUUUUUUUUCUUCUUGAAGCUUCCUUGGCACUAUGUUGCACAUAAGAAUUUUAUGAUUUGCAUUCUAUAACUUAAUUCUGUCAAUCUUCAUUGGUAUGGAGGACCAGCUUUUGUUGGACCAAUAUAUUUAUGCAAUUUUGUACCUUCCAGUCUCAUAUCCAGUUUCUAUUCUUCCCGGUACCCUUAUCUGAUUUCUUUCCUCGGUCCAUGUCUAUUUUUUGUCCUUCGCCUCCUUUCGUCCAUGUCUUCACUUGUUUUAUUAUUCCAUCUCUCCUCGCCUACUUCUUUUUCUAUUUCCAUAUUUCAUGCCAUCUCCUCUUUUCUCAAAAUUUCCCUUCUCUUCCUACGUUAGUCUUCCUAUAUUUACUUUACUUUUCUCUUUCUGUGUUCUCUUUUCAUUCCCCCUUUCCAUCUACACUGUCCUUCUCUUGGCAUUUCCUUUGCCUUCAUCUUUCCAUUUCCCAAAUCUCCCCUCCCUCCUUUCAAAGUAUAUAUUCAACUCAACAUCAUUCUACCCUUCAUGCAGCCAUUCCAUCUCACUCUCCCAUUUACCCUUCCCCAGGUUUCACCUGUUGGUGGUGGUUGUGGUAUCCGGUCAGUGACAAGAGGUCUAUAUACACGUUAUUACCAUUUCAUUCUUCAGCGAACAUGGCGUGAUGUUUGCCUUUGAAUAAUGCAUGGAUGUGAUGUCAUAACCCUUGCUAUUCACACUUAGCCCAAUCUCACACAGAAUUGCAGAGUAGAUGCAUAACUCCUGUCACCGGUCUGAUACACAAACACCAACAAAUGGUGAGAAUGAGUGAUUUAAUAUCCAAACGUUAAAUAGCUUUGUUAUAAUAUCACUUCAAAGAAACACUAUAGUCACCAAAACAACUUUAGCUUAACAAAGCAGUGUUUGUAUAUAGAUCAUGUUCAUGCAGUCUCACUGCUCAUUUUUCUGCCAUUUAGGAGUUAAAUCACUUUUGUUUCUGUUUAUUCAGCCCUGGCCACUUCUCCCCUGGUUAAAUGGGAAGAAAAAAAAUGGUUUCACUUUUAGUCAGAUAUAACUUACUUUCAGAGUGUAUCUCCUGCUCUGUAAAUUGAACUUUAAUUACAUAGAGGUGGCACCUGCAGGGUCUUGCAAGCUAUUAACAGAGCAGGAGAUAAGAAAAUCUAAAUUAAACAGAAUUUGCAAUAAAGGAAGGAUAAACUGUAGAUGACUCUUUACAGGAAGUGUUUAGGGAGGCUGUGCAAGUCACAUGCAAGGAGGUGUGGCUAGAGCUGCAUAAACAGUGAUUUAGCUCAUAAAUGGCAGAUAAUCUAUACACCAAAACUGCUUCAAUAAGCUAAAGUUGUUUUAGUGACCAUAGUGUCCCUUUAAAUUCUCCCCUUAAAUUUCUGUAUGAAAUGCUGCUCUUUAAAAUACGACAUUGGAUACACUACAGAGGAAAGAAUUAAUUUACAACUACACUAGAUACAUUUUCUCUGUUUAGUAACAGAUUAGUCCAUGCAUAGCGGAUUUUGAAUUCCCAGUACUUCACAGAUCCCUUUUGUGAUCUAGAUCUGCAAUGUUAACAUACUGGCAUUCUUCUAGAAUACAGGUGCGUUAAAAAUAACCAAAAACUGCAUCAUACUGAUAUGACGUACCACACCAAAUACAUUUCCUGUUUUAAUCUUGCUGUAUUUAUAACUGGUUCAAAAUGUUCUAUAGUAAAGGUACAAAUAAGGGCUUCAAUGCAGUAACAGUGUCAAAUGUUUUUGAGUGUCUCCCUCCCUUUGUAAGCAUAUACUUAUUUUCUACUUCACAGGAUGAGAGAGGUAAUUCAUCAAUCCGCGCUGACCUCUUUAGACAUUUGUAGAUUUAUGAUCACCAUAAAGAGGAAAUUAAAAUGUUGUGUAACUGGCACACGAAGCUGCAUACAUUAAUCUAUUGAAUGUUGUAUUAUCAUAGGACUUGGUAGAACUAAAGUGCCAGGUAGCUGUUACGCCAACAUUUUACUUACUAGCACUUUUUUUCUUAAAAAUAUGUUCUUUUGAUUUCUGUGGAGAAAAAAAGCCUUGCCUUUAAAUACCUUCUAGGCUCCCAUUUUGCAGUAUACGUUGUGAGACCCUCUACCGGUGCACAUUGCUUCUUAUUUUUGGUCAAAAUGCUGUUGAUAAAAUGUCCACAACUUUUAUUAAGAAACUGGUGUGUGUGUACACUAUAUAUGUUUUCAUUGUUUGUUUACCCCAGUAAACAUUAAAUUGUUUUAAAUUUUUCAAUGUGUUCAAAACCUCAACACAGUAAUUAUAAUUAAUUUUGCGGAGUGGAUUAGUCCUUAUACAAAACUUCUCCGUGAAGGUGAGUUCUCGCGGAAGCCAAUUGGGGUUGCAAAGUCGCAGGCAAACUGUGUGCACUGAUGCAUGUUCCUUAAAAAGCAGAUCCACAGUUAAAAUUAUCCCACUUUAAUAAAUUAGUAGCAGCCCGAGGUGCCCAGGCCAGUAACUUUUCAGAAGUCUAUUGAAAAUGCCAUAGUGGACAUUAUAUCAAUUGAAAGAAGUAAGCCAUACGUAAACUAUUAACCAAACACCUUUUUUACAUUUGACUCAAAUGCUAUUAUUAUGGUGGCAGUUUUGUUUUGUGGUUUGUUUGUGGGGUGUUUUUUUUUGUUUUGUUUUUUAUAUAGCAGUGAAGUUGUCAACGUGAUUUAAUGGACUGUAAUUUUUUUUUUUUUUUUAAAGCAAAUUAGUUUUUUCAUAAGAGCAAGAUUAGGUUGUUUUUUUUUCUGCAACAAAAACCUCUUUAACUGUAACUUUACAGUACUGUUACUUCACAUCACUGCUGUGACUUGUGAAAUUACUCUGCAUCACCUUUAGUGAGUUUAAAAGUCCUCACAGAUAGUUUUUUUUUUUUGUUGUUUUUUUUAUCUUUUGUCCGUUUCAAAUUACAAAACAUGUUCUCGUUUGUUUUUUAGAACACUAAAAAAAAAAAAAAACUUAUUUAUAAAGAUAGAAGUGAUAUAAAUGUAGAUCCUCUGUUCCCACAGAGCGUGUUUACAUGCAGUUUAAACUACAUAUUUAAUUUUCAUUUGAAUUGCUCAAUUUAUAACUUCGUAAAACCAUCAUGCCAGGAAGCCAUGGCUCACAAAUCAUUGCCUAAUGGCACGAUACAUUUUUUAGUUAUGUAUUCAGGAUCACUGUGGAUGUAUUCUGAUACAAUUAGGACAGAUUUAUUUGGCUAGUAACGAAUGCGUCUUUUGAAGUAGGUUUCUUUAAGUAUAAUUAUUUCUUUGUAGUGAAGAGCAUUAGAUGCAGGGCUUGUUUAAGAGUUCUCCACUUUUUUAAGGCCCAAUGGAAACAUUGUGGUUGACAAAGUUUGAUCAGCAUUAAGCGCCAAGAAUAAUAAUUGGUUUACUACUGUCCAGUAUCUGUUAAUGAACAUUAUUUUACAUGUUGGAGCUAAAUCAGAAUAUUUUAUAUUUCACAAAACAACUAAUAUUGAAGCUGGGAUAGUGGUGAUGGGAAAAAAAAUAUUAUGCGUUUCUAAGUCUUUUGAUGGUCUCACAUUUUGAAUCUGUAAGUUCCCAGAUAUUUGUAAGAGUUUGAUUUAUACACUUAUCACAAUUGUUUGUGUUUCCUGGGGCUUGCAAGUUGCCCUACGUAGGGGUUGCCAUUUUUUUUUUUUGCGUUUAUCCAUUUCAACUGUAUGCAAUUGUAAAUAAUACCGUUUUUUGUAUUAUAAUUUGCUGUUACAGAACAUAUUAAAAUGAAUACGCUUUUUAUUGAAUGUUUG